AUGGGCCUGUUGUACGCAAGUAUCGUCCUCUCUUCGUCCUAUGGGAUCUUGGUUUCGCUCUUUUGUGGUGCAGAGACGAAUUACAUCUCAACAAAGGCGUUUGCCGACGUAUGCGAGUGGACAGUUGGACUGAAAUUCGAGGUCGAGGGCAAAGAACAUUUGGACAUUGGUCCAUCCGUGGUAGUUUACAAUCACCAGUCUCUUCUGGACAUUGUUUUCAUAGGACGCGCGAUGCCCCGCCGUUCUACCGUGCUCGCGAAAAAGGAGCUCAACAACGCCAUCUUCGUCGACCGUUCAUCCUCUCAGCACGCGCAAUCUCUGGCGUCGCUCCAUAAAGCAGCGCAGCAACUCUUGUUCACACAAUCCUCGCUACUCGUAUUCCCCGAGGGCACAAGGACACUCAGCAAGGAACAUAACAUGCGAACCUUUAAAAAGGGCGCUUUCCAUGUGGCCAUUGAGGCCGGUGUGCCCAUCGUCCCUGUAGUGUGCGAAAACCACUGGAGAAUAUACAGGCCGGGCGUGUUCAAUGGUGGGAUGUGCAAGAUCUCUGUCCUCCCACCAAUCUCGACCAAAGGUCUUUCGUCUGCCGACGCGACGCGACUUUCCGAAUCGACACGAAACCUCAUGCUCGCGGAACUAAAUCGCAUCUCACAAUAG